AUGAAAACGACAUCACUUAGCUUAAUUUUGCUAAUAGGUGCUAUGGUUUAAGUAUUUGGAGAACCUGUGGUUGUCUCCUAAUCUUUCACAGGAAAUGCUUUUUCUGAUGCCGAUGGUAUAAAAUAAAAUAAUAAUAUAGGUUGGGUGACUGCUGGAGGACCAGCUCAUGUUACAGAGUGCAGUGGCACAAAAAUGUUUGGAGGUUUUGGUAAAUUUGGUGCAAGAGCAGUUGCAAGCAAAGUAUUUGAACUCCCACCUCAUUCAUUAAUUAACUUAAAGAUUCAAUUCUGGAAGUAUGAUAUACUAUCUAACUGUUAGGAUUGACUCUUGGGACAAUGAAGAAGGAUACAUCUUUGUAGAUGACUAAUUAGUCUGGUCAAGAAAAUUCUAGUAUAAUGAAGGUGAUGGAUAAAAAUGUGGCCAAGGUGGUGAUUGGAAAGAAAUGACACUCAAUCUAAACUUAAAUAUCAAACAUACUGGACCAACAGCAGUAGUUGUUAUUACAUCAAACUUGAAUGAAGCUGCUGAUAAUGUAAGAUAUUUUUAUAAUGUAUAUAGGAAUCAUGGGCCUUCAGAGAUUUUGUUCUAUCAGUUGAAAAAUGUCCCGAUGGAUGUUCUGCUUGUUAAGUUGAUGAAAAAUCAGAAAACUGUAAUUUCUGGUAAUCAUUCUCUUCUAGUUGGGGUGCAUUAGAUGCUAACUAAUUAGGAGCUGAUGGCUGGGAAGUUGCAGGAGGUGCCGCUCAUGCUACACAAUGUGGAGGUAUUUUAAUAUAUUAAAUGUAUUUAGCUGCUGCUUUGUUUGGAGGUUUUGAUAAAACAGGUGGUAAAAGUGUUAUCAGUAAAGUCUUGAAAUUCAAACCACAUUACAAACUUAAGAUUAAAGUACUUUGGGCUAAAAUUGAUUCUUGGGAUAAUGAAGCUGCUCAAAUCAAAGUUGAUGGAAAAUUAGUCUGGGAAAGAAGAUUCUAAUGGCAUGAAGGAUAUUUUGGUAAAAUAUGUGGUUGCCCAGUAUUUGAAUGGAAAUCAAUGUUUGCUAGAACUGAAGUUGAUGUUGAUCAUACUGGAGAAUAAGCUAAAGUUGAAUUCACUACAACUCUUGAUUAAGCCCCUAAUGAUGAAUCAUUUGGUUUGAGAGAUUUAUACAUCUUCUAUGCAGCAUGUGCUAACAAUUGUGCUGAAUGUACAGGACCUAAAGAAUCAGAUUGCAAAAGUAAUUAAUAUUUAUAAUAUUAUAGAAUGUGCUAAUAACUGGGCUUUAGUUGGAGGCAAAUGCUAAGCUUUACCUAACUUUAUUUUAUUAGAAUAAUCUUUCUUGGAAGAUAAAUUCACAGGAAUCAAUGGUUGGGUUCUUACUAAUAAUAAAGCAGGAAGAUAAAUCAAUGAAUGCAGUGGUAAGUCAAUGGUUGGAGGUUUUGAUAUUAUGGGUACAAAGGCUAGUGCAACCAAAACAUUUGAUGUCCCACCACACAAAAGACUUAGAUUAUAAUCAACAAUCUAUAAGAUUGAUUCUUGGGAUGGAGAAUUCAUGAUCAUUAAAGUCGAUGGAACUGAUGUUUGGAAGACAUCUUGGAAUCUCUAAACUGGAGGUGCCAAUUUCUGUGGAUAAGGUAUAUGGUUUGAUGGCAUUGUUGGUGUUGAUGAAAUCUUUAAUCAUUAAGCUCCUAAAGCUGAAGUAGUCUUCACAUCUACUUUGGAUCAAGAUGCUGCUGAUGGUAAUUCUAUUAUAAUAAUUAUUAGAAUCAUGGGGUUUCAGAGAUUUCAAAUUAUGGUAUGAACCAAAGGAAGCAUGUGCAGUUUUCUAUAGUGAAUGUGAUUACAAGGGAGCUUCAUUUGAAUUCUGUUCUAAAUCACCAAACUUCUAAAAUGACAACAUUCCACCAUAAAUUAGAUCCAUUAGAGUUCCACCAUAAGGAAGAGUCACCUUAUAUGAAAACACCGAUUAUAAUGGAAAGAAGGUUACUUAUACCUCAGAUCAAGCUUGCAUCUAAAACUUUGAUGUAAUUAUUUUAAUCUAUUUUAUUAGUUUGCCUUAAUUCAAAUGAGUGGACAUGUUGAAGGAGGUUGGGUUGAAGUUCAGCAAUGAUCUAUAAUAAGAAUAAUAAUCAAUAAUCAUAAAAUCAUUUUAAAAUACAAUUUAUAUAUAUAUUAGCAUUUUCAUUUUAUUUGG